AUGAAGUCAUCUUCAUCAUCUUCACCAACAAGAGAUUCUGCCUCUUCGAGCACUUCCUUAUCAAGAAAGGGCUUGCCUCAAAAUGAACAAAUCGAUUCUAGUAGGAGCAAUGUCAGAACAAACUCUCAGUUCAAACCAAAAAAGAGCAAACGACGCAAGAGUAACAAGAAGCUUCCAAAACAAGAGUCUGGCACCAGCACUGGCCGGCAUUGGCAUCUACAACGAAAUCUCAUUGCAGCACUCUUUAUGGUGAUAUUCGUUAUAUCCGCUGUAUUCGCCAUUCUUCAGCUGCGAGUUAGAUCAAAUCAGGAUGACUCAGCUUCCGACCAAAAUGGUGUUCAGAAUAAUCCUACACUCGCACCGCCAGAUAUCGCAGACUGUCAUGCAGCAAAUUCCAAUUCUACCAACGCUGUCCCCUUCAGCUCACUACAGCCUCAGCUGCUUUUUGUUGAAACGAAUGUGGUUAUGCCCAAAUCUACAUCUGUCAUCGGAGCGCUCUCGUUACUCUCAACAGUCAUGGCUUCAGAAAUGGAGAACUUGAUUGCAAGAGAUAUCGCAGAACAUGGUUGCUAUGGCCCACAAGCGAAAAAUAGCAACAGGGAUAGCCAAGGCAUUCGGAGUAUCAAUGUCAUUCCUUCGAAUCAUUCCGAAACUGGGGCUUGUGUACUUCAUGAUGACAAAUCGUGUCACAAGAUUGACUUUACAGUGGAACUCUUACUUGACACAUACAUCAAUGUCAACAAAUACCUUUUAAUUCGAACGCUAGAUGAAACCUUAGACGGCAAUGCAAUCUACAAACGACUUGUGGAUUUGGAUCUAGCAGUCGACAUGGUUCAGAUUCUAUCCGUGACCGAAAUUCAGCGCACAAGCCCACCCACCAAGGCCCCCACAACACCUAUUGACGAUAUGAUUGGCAAUACCACCAGUACUCCGACCCAAAUACCUUCCAAGAGUCCUUCUUCUGCACCUUCCGAGACGAUCAUAACCUAUGUUCCUGGAAAACUGACGGUUCGAUCGAAUGGAUUAUUGCUCAGUGAAGGCCUGGCGUGUCGAAUCUUGGCCAAAACAGGUCAACCAGUAGCUCUGACAGGGUUGGCGUCAGCAAAUGAAACAGUACCAGUCUCCAACAAUGUCUUUCACAUUGAACCAGACGGUGCAGGCGUCUUUGAGGUCAUCAUUGCCGAUCACGAUGGCAUUCACCGUCAUUUGGUGGAAGGGGGUUGGGUGUACAUAUCCAAUAGUGAAAACGAGAAUAGAGGUGAAGGCGGUGUGGGUGGUCUUUAUUUCAACGCAGAAGGAGAAGUGGUAGAAUAUCGGCGGCUCUUGGAUGGAACGACCGAUAAUUGCAGCGGUGGCAAGACGCCGUGGGGAACUUGGGUCUCUUGUGAAGAGAGGGAUGGCGGUAGGGUAUACCAAGUAGAUCCAAUGGGAAUUCGUCCACCUCAAAUUGUGUCGGCCAUCGACGAUGGCUGGUUCGAAGCCUUUGCAUACGACAUUCGGAACCCCAGUCAGCCUCGCUUCUUUGUCACCGAAGACCAUCCCGAAGGAGCUUUGCGACGCUUCACCCCAACGAAUGCCAACUGGGAAGACCCGUGGCAACUUUUGCACUCGGAGGGCACUCUUGAUUAUCUCAUGUUGGAACCCUACAGCACAUUAUCGCCCAAUGCCGGCGGUACCUUUUCAUGGACCAGCAAAUUGUCCAAAGCCCAAAAGAAUGCCGACGAAUAUUACCAGUACACAGAGGGCAUUGAUGUCUACGAUGGUGAACUCUUUGUCGUCUCCAAGUUACAAAAGCAAUUGUUCAUUUUGGACUUGGAUGCCCAAACAUACCAAGUGCACUCGACGAUUUCUGGAGUCUUUGAUGGGAUGCCGGAUCAACUGAAACGAGUUGUUCAUGGUGACGGUGACGACCAAUAUACUCUGCUAUACUUUACCGAAGAGCUUGGUGCUGAAAAUGGAGUCCAUGCCCGUGACGAGAACGGGUGGUUCUUCAGCAUUUUGGAGUCAGAUGUUACUCUUGACGAUGAAGCGACGGGAUUGGCAUUCUCACCGGAUGGCAAGCACAUGUACCUGUCAUAUCAAAAGACUGGAAUGCUUUAUGAUAUCUGGAGAGAAGAUGGGCUACCCUUUCACGGCAAGACACUGAAUGUACAUUAUCACAGUGUGGAAAAUGGGAGACCAAGAAGAUAG